AGCACUACGCCGCAGGCGUUUUAGACAAGCAUGUACGUACAUGUUUGGGAGAAUGCCAUGCCGUGUUGGGGACUGGAGAUCUUUUUGAGUCUCGGGCGGACAGUAAGUAAUGUUGGGUUGAAUAACCAUUGAAUUACUUUUCAUCUAUGAUCGGCAAUGAAGUAGAGUGCCUCUUGUCUGCUCUCGAGCAUCUAAGGGAUCGUUCUGACAAGCUUCCUACACAAACAGUUGAGUCUCGCCUUACUCGAUUACAGAACUGAGAGGCUGAGAAGUAUGUAUUCAAGAGAAAGUGGUGGUACUCUACUCCGUAUUGGUGACAUGAUUACGUGGUAGUUGGUGGUCACGUCGAUACAUAGUAUUGAAACCGGUCUGGUAAUCAGGAUUGAAGGAAACUGAUGAAGGCUGCCUGAUACUAGUCUCUUUGAGUAUCCAAUGAAGGCACCCAAAUUCUAGUAGUAAAAUACACCGAAAUAAGUACAUAAGGGGCUUGUUCAGAUGCAUUCUCGGUACCAUGGCUAUCCAAAGUUGCGCCGCCAAGCUACCCACAAGACCCAAGACCAGGUCCAGCCAACUCGAGAGUGAUUGCCGCAUCUUACGGCGUACCGCGAGCCAUAUCCCUUCCGCUCGACGGGUCGACCUCCGCAGAGCUCCACUAUAUUUGCAUUUGGACUGUUGUAAGUGACUGGAUGGCGGUUGUCAUAGGCAUCGCAGCGUUCCAAACAAUUCGUUACAAACGCUAUACAGCAACGAUACAACAUUAGAGUAACGAGUCAUAGACAGGCAAUCAAGGUUAUCAAUCAUUCUGCACCCCCUCUUAACAAAGACACCUGCAUGAUCACAAACUCGCAUGCAUGCCGCCGCCGGGGACUAAUGCUGUGUGAGAUGUUGCUCAGUCAAGGCGACCGAGGCGGGCUGCCAAUGGCUCACUCUCAAGCGAAUCCUUCUGGCAGCUGACUUACAUGGCAUGCAUGGAUGAAUGGGAAAGUUGAACCAUGGGUGUCCAGGAGGCCAAGGCACAGCGGUAUGUUGCAGGUUUCUCAUUGAAUGCAAGGGCUCUUAUUUAAUCCUCUUGAGUCAAUCAAGCCCGGGCCCUUCAUUGGCUCAACGCACACGGGAUUGGAUUUGGAAGCGUAGUAUUUACCCCCGGCACCAAACUGUACCAGUACGGAUACGUACAUAAUUACAGAUGAUACCAAACAGGUCAGACUUUUGUGCAGGGGCUGGUCGUUUCUAGCUUCAGACUCUCCGUUCUCCACCAUUCAAGUUGUUUGUGGUAGACCCAUGGCAGCGGUUUUAAAAGUGGCCCAAGGGCAUGUUUAUAGUCUAGCGUAAGGGCGGCGCAUCCCAGUGUAAGGGUCUGAUCUUAAUAUUGGAACCAUCCUUCUUCCAUGACUGUUGACGGC